CGUCGCUGAGACUCUGGCCGGAGAGCGAGAGCUCAGAGCCGGGAAGGAUGAGGCGCCCGCGGCGGCCCGGAGGUCCCGCGGGCUGCGGGGGCUCCGGGGGUUCCGGGGGCCUUCGGCUGCUGGUCUGCCUGCUGUUGUUGAGCGGCCGCCCCGGGGGCUGCAGCGCCAUCAGUGCCCACGGCUGUCUCUUUGACCGCAGACUUUGUUCGCAUCUGGAAGUCUGUAUUCAGGAUGGCUUGUUUGGACAGUGCCAGGCAGGAGUGGGGCAGGCACGGCCCCUCUUACAAGUCACUUCCCCAGUUCUCCAGCGCUUACAAGGUGUGCUCCGGCAACUCAUGUCCCAAGGCUUGUCCUGGCAUGAUGACCUCACCCAGUAUGUGAUCUCCCAGGAGAUGGAACGAAUCCCCAGGCUUCGUCCCCCAGAACCUCAUCCAAGGGACAGGUCUGGAUUGGUGCCCAGGAGACCAGGCCCAGCAGGGGAAUUGCUUUCUCAGGGCAAUCCCACUGGCUCCUCUCCUGCUGUCCAGGGGCUCUCUCGGCCUCCAGGGGGUGGGAAUGGAGCUGGGGUGGGCUCCCCACUGUCCUCUCUGCAGGCUGAGCUGUUACCCCCUCUCUUGGAGCAUCUGCUAAUGCCCCCGCAGCCUCCACACCCGUCUCUGACCUAUGAACCUGCAUUGCUACAACCUUACUUGUUCCAGCAGUUUGGCUCCCGAGAUGGCUCCCGGGGCUCAGAGAGCGCCUCUGGGGUAGUUGGCCAUCUGGCCAAGGCUGAAGAUCCUGUGCUCUUCAGCAGAAGCCUCUCCAAAGCCAUUUUGGGGACUCACUCUGGACACUCCUUUGGUGACCUUACAGGUCCCUCACCUGCUCAGCUUUUCCAGGAUUCAGGGCUGCUCUACAUGGCCCAAGAGUUGCCAGUGCCUGGCAGAGCCCGGGCGCCAAGGUUGCCAGAGGAAGGGGGCAGCAGCCGGGCAGAGGACUCUUCAGAGGGCCAUGAGGGUCAUGGGGAGAAGUCCCCUCCCCAAGCAGUACAAGCAGAUGUAAGUCUGCAGAGAUUGGCUGCUGUACUGGCGGGCUACGGAGUAGAGCUUCGUCAGCUGACCCCGGAACAGCUUUCUACCCUCUUAACCCUGCUGCAGUUACUGCCCAAGGGCACAGGAAGAAAUCUUGGAGGGGCUGUGAAUGGAGGAGCCGAUGUCAAGAAAACAAUAGAAGAACAAAUGCAGAGAGGGGACACAGCAGACGCUCAGCCCCCCACACCCUUGCUUCCUGGACACCCCACUGCCAGCCCCAACUCCAUCGAAGUUCGGCAGGUGCUGAGCCCUGGUUUCCCUGAACCUCCCCAGACAUCCAGUCCUCUGGGCAUCUCGGCUGUCCUGCUGGAGAAGAAAAGUCCCUUGGGCCAGAGCCAGCCCACAGUGGUGGGACAGCCUUCAGCUCGACCGUCAGCUGAGGAGUAUGGCUAUAUAGUCACUGAUCAGAAACCCCUGAGUCUGGUGGCUGGAGUGAAGUUGCUGGAGAUCCUGGCUGAACAUGUGCACAUGACUUCAGGCAGCUUCAUCAACAUCAGUGUGGUAGGACCAGCUGUCACCUUCCGAAUCCGGCACAAUGAGCAGAACUUGUCUUUGGCAGAUGUGACCCAGCAAGCUGGGCUGGUGAAGUCUGAACUGGAAGCGCAGACAGGGCUCCAGAUUUUGCAGACAGGGGUGGGACAGAGGGAGGAAUCCGCUGCAGUCCUUCCCCGACAAGCCCAUGGCAUAUCUCCCAUGCGCUCAUUGCUGCUUACUCUGGUGGCCCUGGCAGGUGUCGCUGGGCUACUAGUAGCUUUGGCGGUGGCCCUGUGUAUGCGCCAUCAUUCGAAACAACGGGAUAAGGAGCGCCUGGCCGCGCUGGGGCCGGAGGGGGCCCACGGUGACACUACUUUUGAGUACCAGGACCUGUGUCGCCAGCACAUGGCCACAAAGUCGCUGUUUAACCGGGCAGAGGGUCAGCCAGAGCCUUCUCGGGUGAGCAGUGUGUCCUCCCAGUUCAGUGACGCGGCCCAGGCCAGCCCCAGUUCCCACAGCAGCACACCGUCCUGGUGCGAGGAGCCUGCCCAGGCCAACAUGGACAUCUCCACAGGACACAUGAUUCUGGCAUACAUGGAGGAUCACCUCCGGAACCGGGACCGGUUGGCCAAGGAGUGGCAGGCCCUGUGCGCCUACCAAGCGGAGCCAAACACCUGUGCCACCGCACAAGGUGAAGGCAACAUCAAGAAGAACCGCCAUCCUGACUUCCUACCCUAUGACCACGCCCGAAUCAAGCUGAAAGUGGAGAGCAGCCCCUCUCGGAGUGAUUACAUCAACGCCAGUCCCAUCAUCGAGCAUGACCCUCGGAUGCCGGCCUACAUAGCCACACAGGGACCGCUGUCCCACACCAUCGCAGACUUCUGGCAGAUGGUGUGGGAGAGUGGCUGCACUGUCAUCGUUAUGCUGACCCCUUUGGUGGAGGAUGGUGUCAAACAGUGUGACCGCUACUGGCCAGAUGAAGGGUCUUCCCUCUACCACGUCUAUGAGGUGAACCUGGUGUCUGAGCACAUCUGGUGCGAGGACUUCCUGGUGCGGAGCUUCUACCUGAAGAACGUGCAGACCCAGGAGACGCGCACGCUCACUCAGUUCCACUUCCUCAGCUGGCCGGCAGAGGGCACUCCGGCCUCCACCCGGCCGCUGCUGGACUUCCGCAGGAAAGUGAACAAGUGCUACAGAGGCCGCUCCUGUCCCAUCAUAGUGCACUGCAGUGAUGGUGCAGGGAGGACAGGCACCUACAUCCUUAUUGACAUGGUACUGAAUCGCAUGGCGAAAGGAGUGAAGGAGAUUGAUAUCGCUGCCACCCUGGAGCAUGUCCGUGACCAGCGACCUGGCCUUGUCCGUUCUAAGGACCAGUUUGAGUUUGCGCUGACAGCCGUGGCGGAGGAGGUGAAUGCCAUCCUCAAGGCCCUGCCCCAGUGAGCCCCCUGGGCACCUCAGCAGGCAUCCUGGCCUCUGCUCCUUCUGCCUGUGUGUGAGCAUUUGUGCACCCACUCUUCAGCCCCUACCCAUCUGCCACCUUGGUCCGUCCGACUUGGGCAUGAUAGCCCUUUCCAACCCAGUGUGGAAGGAAGUCGGGAGGGAAGGGGCAGGUCCACCCUGCUUUAUUCACGCUAGAACCAAGAUCUCCUGUGGGAAACAGACAGCAGGCAAGGGGAGGAGUGGACACCAGCAGCAAGUGUGCCCGAGCCCCAUCCUUCCUGAGUCUCUGUCUCCCUCUGUGUGUGUACCUCCCCACUCCCACCAGCCUAUCGUGUAUAGACAAAGCAGAAUGAGAAGGCCCCAGCUCCCCCCCAGUCCUGCUACCACUGGCCUGCCACCUUGACCCUGCUCAACCUUCUCCCUCUAGCACAAGCAAACAUUUCUAGAAAAAUCUACUUUUGUAUCAAUGUGAAUAAAGUUAGUGUGUUGUCUGUGCAGCUGCAACA